GAGACCGCGGAGCGAUUAGUUUGUGCCGUGAAUCCGUGUGAGCAGGUCGUUCGGUCGAUUCGGAAGUGCGCGUAACGUCAUUUAAAGAUGGCGCCCCGGUGGUUGCCAUUGGUUACGGCGGUCGUAAUACCGAUGCUGGUUCUGGCCCAGGGGGGAAUGUCCGUGGACCAGGACGCGACCUGCAGUCAGCUGGACCGGAAGCAGUACUUGGAUCAGGAAACGAAGGAACCCAUGGUCGAGGAGGACUUCCGGGGCCAGGUGACCGUGCUGUACAGUGUGGCGCCUCCGAAGUCUCGCCUGACGCACAGAAUCUACCGCGAGCGGGAUCCAAUUUUCUUCAACAAAAUUGUGUUCGAAGAACAGAUUCAGCUCUUUCACAACCUCGCCUUUCGCUUCGAGGGCAACGGAUACUCCGAGUCGGUUCAGUUCAUCCUGGGUGCAUCGGCCCCCCGCUACCCCGAGGAAUGUGCCGAAUUUUUCGACUUUGAAGACUUUCUGGACAACGUGACGAGCAUCGCGGCCGGCUACAACAUCUCCGUGUACCCGAACCCGCUCAACGAGAACGGAACCUACGCCAUGUACGGCCUGAAGGAGUUCCAGGUGUACGUGCUGGACCGGUGCUCGCGCAUCGCGUACAUCAUCGAACCUCCGUGGAGCUUGAUCCAGUACUCGUACGUGAAGGCCGCCGUGCUGUCCACGCUGUACGACCGACCGUGCGGCGAGUGUGACGUCGACAAUUUCCUAAACUCAUCACUGCCAGUGCAGAAGAUGGCAGAGUUGCAGCAGAUGCCGACUGUAAAGUCCACGAGCACGACCACGACGACGACGACUACAACGGAACCUUCCAGUAGCAGCACAAGCGCCAGCACGCCAAGGUCAGACGUGCGACCGUACGAUGAUUCGACGGAGAGCGAUGAACCGGUUUCGACCGAGGAGUACUCCGAACCGCCGGAACCGACUACCACUGAGGAGGUUAUGCUGUUCCGGUCCAACAUUACCGAUGCGAACGUGACCGACGACGAGGACGAUCCGUUUGCGAAUUUGACCGUGACGGGUCCAGAACUGAGCAUUCCCUUGAAGAUCGUCAUCCCGUCGAUCCACAUCCAUUACAACCAGCCGCGCGAGGACGGUACUUCGUACGACAAGUACUCGUACGUGGUUUUCCAGAGCGACAAUCCGUCCGUGCACCAGCACGACCCUUCGGACGAGAGGGAUCCACCGGCUUCGCUGCGGGAAAUUUCCCUCGCAAACAGCACCGCCAACAGCACACUCCGCGUGGACGGCGUCCUGUGGCCACUGCCACAGCUCGCGGAAAUACUCAACAGCUCGUCCCGGAUCUUGUACGACGACCGGACGACGCAGGUCUUCCGCAAGGUCGCGCGCUACAACGUGUCCGGCUUCGACGAGCUGGAGGAACUGUCCAUCGCCAGCCAGUACGCCGCCUGGAAGCGGCGCCAGGCGGAACGGGCCGAGCUGGCCAAAACCGAGAAGCGGCAGUACAUCCGGAAGCACUACGAACGGCUGAUACAGUGGCUCAGCUGGCAGUUUGACAAGUCCUGAUGGAGGGGGGCUUUCUUCAACGUUUAGUCAGUAACUGUAACUCUAGUAGCUAGAACUACGACUAGGAUUUAUAUUUUGUGAUUAAAAACAAUUUAAAAAGGCACUCAAUCGAAGUCGAUUCCCCUCGGCAA